UUCUAUGUUACCCCUCAUGAUGGCCUUUUUUCAUCUCCCCAUUAUGUACAUGCUACAUCUUUUGUGAAUGCACGCUGCAUUUAUGGUGAUCCGUUACUUUGAUGUGUGUGUAUGCAAAAAAUGUACCUGUAUGAAUAGAUAUACUUUUGAAUAUCAAAAAAAGUUCUAUUCUCGAAAUCAAAGCACAUGGUCCAUACAAGCUUUAUAUAUUGUGAUGAUUUUCGAUUUUCCAUUUCAUUCUUUUCCACGUGGUCGUCCAGUCAACCAUGUAAUUGUAUUUCAAAUUUUAUUAAUUAAAUCUUUUUUUUUAUAAUUUGUUCAUCAAUGCUGAACACAAAUUAUAAAAAACAAAAAUCCCUAAUUUUAAUCCAGAUGAAAUUGUGGAAAAUAUUCGACGUUUAAUUCGUGGAAAAGAACUUUUGCCGAUGAAACCAUGGUUCAAAGGAUUUACCGGAACAAUCGAACAAAUUGAUGACAAGCAACUUGAUUUGUUAUAUUUGGCGAAGCAGCAAUAUUGGAUGAUGAAUCGUUCGCAAUCACAGAACUACCUGUUGGUGUUUCGACUCAAAGAUAUAAAAAAACGGUAUUAGAGCCGAUGUUGAAUAUAGAGUUCAAACGGUAUUGUCUCAAACAACUAUUAUAUAUUAUUAUUAAUAAUGGAAUUAAACAUCAAUUCGAUGUAAACUUUUAUUUUUGUAUACAACACACACAUAAUAUUAACAAUUUUUUUUUUUGUAUUUUCUGAUUUUAUCCAUGGAUACAUACAUGUUCAAAAACAUAAACAUCCUCCUUGUAUGACAAAAGCUAGAAAUAAAUAAAGUGCUAUUUUAUUAUUAUGAAAAAAAACAUUGUUUUUUUUUGGUGGUAGUUAGGGGGAGGGGGGGUUGUAAUAGAAAAUGAUCAAAACUUUUUGAUGUGUUUUGUGUUGUGUAUAACAAACAUGCAACAUGUGCACACAUGUUGCUUGUGUGCGACUACGAAUAAUGGCCAUUUUGUGCUUUGAGGCUUUUGUGUUUCGCUUUCGUUCUGGUUGGUGGCCAUUCACAUUUAUGUGUGUGUGUGUGUGUGUGUGUUGUAUAUAUGAAACAUCUGGCCUCUUGUUUAUAGCAAUUUUUUUUUUUGGGUUGAAGGUCAAUAAUCAAAAUAACAUAAUGGUCCUUGUUCGAUCAAAACAACGGUCAUAACAGUGUGGUGGUGAUCAUAUUUUUUUAUUGAAUGUUUAAAUUAAUCUAAUCGAUCGAUCCACAAAUUGUUCGAAAAUAUGGAUAAAUUAUUUAUUCGAUUUCUAAUCAUAUGGCUAUCAUUGUAUGAUAAUAUUGGUCAUCAUCAUUGUCAUCUUUAUGAUUGGAUGCAUCGAAUUGUAUUGGAUUCAAAUAAUAAAUAUCAUCUAAAAUGGUUAUUCAAUAUGAAACAAGAGCUUAUUGUAUUCAAUGUUUGUGUUGAAACACAUGGUUGGUUUGGCCUAGGUAUCAGCCAUAGUGGACAUAUGAUUGGUAGUGAUAUUGUUAUUGGUUGGAUUGAUCAACGAGGCCAUGUACAUUUACAAGAUCGAUUUGCCGAAGAUGCAGAUGAAAUGCCUGUUAUUGAUGAUAAACAAGAUUGGCAAUUAGAAUCUGGUUAUGAAAAUGAUACACAUACUUGUAUUACAUUUAGUCGUCCAUUUUUAACAUGUGAUUAUGAUGGCGAUCUACCGAUAACCAAUGAUGUAACGAAAUUAAUUUGGGCAUACAAUGAUGAUGAUCCUGUUGGUUAUUCGGCAAUAUUAUCAAAACAUUCACAUCAUCAACGUGGACAUCGUAGUGUUCAUUUAUUGAAUUAUAAAUUUGAUAAUAAUGAUAAUAAUAAUUUGAAUAAUAUAAAACAUUCAUCGAUGAUAAAAUCAUGGGAUAUAACAUCAAAAAAUGUUACCAUUCCACAUGAUUCAGAUACAACUUAUUGGUGUAAAAUUGUUAGUCCAUCAUUUCGAUCAAAAGCACAUGUUAUAAGGAUUGAGCCAAUAAUUUCACCAUCUAAAAAUGCACCAUUUGUUCAUCAUAUGGUACUGUAUCGAUGUCUACAUCCUAAUCCUUUGAUGAUGUAUGAUUAUCUUGAUCAGCCGGGUAUUAAUUGUUUGGAUUUUGCCAAUAUGCCAUUCGAUUUUUUUCAUUGUCAAUCAAUAUAUAUGGUUUGGACCACUGGUGGUGAAGCAUUCAAUCUACCAGAUAAUGUUGGCAUUCCUAUAUUUGAAGAUCAUGAAACAACAUAUUUUAUGUUUGAAAUUCAUUAUGAUAAUCCUGAAUUGAAACAGAAUAUUCAAGAUUCAUCAGGUCUUCGAUUAUUUUAUACGGAAAAAUUACGUGAAUUUGAUGCCGAUACAGCAACAAUGGGUUCAGUGGUUGAUUAUCGUUUAAUCAUACCAGAUGGAUUUGAAAAUUUCACUAUAUCUGGCCAUUGUUCACCGGAAUGUUUUCGACAAAAAAUACCAACAACAGGAUUGAAUGUUCUUGCUGCAUUACCACAUGGACAUAAACAUUUACAACGAAUUAUCGUAAGACAUUUUCGCCACCACGAAGAAUUGCCACCAUUAGCUGAAGAGAAUAAUUAUGAUUUUAAUUUUCAAGAUUUUCGUCGUUUUAAUAAACAAAGAAUCAUAUUACCCGGUGAUCAAAUUACUGUGGAAUGUACAUAUAAUACAGAAUCAUUGAAAAGGCCAAUAUUGGGUGGAUUAUCAACCCAAGAAGAAAUGUGUAUGGUAUUUCUUGUUUAUUAUCCACGUAUGAAAGGCGUACGAACAUGUCUUAGCGGACUGACACCAGAAACUGUUAUGAAAUUAACCAAUAUUGAUCAAGUUCAAAAAUUAGAUGAAAAUGACAUGAAUCCAGUGAUCAUACAUCCAUUAGAAUAUGCUAAUCAAACAUUGUCCACAUAUGUGUUAACAAAACAACAUUGGCAAAUACCAAAAAAUACUGUGGCUGAUAUUGAAAAUUUAACCAAUCUGAUACGUUAUGCACCACAAAAAGCACAAUGUUUUUGGCGUAAAAUUGAAGGCAUCGACGGUAUAGAAGGAAUGGAUGAAAUCAAUGAAUUGAUUACAUAUCCAAAAUCAUAUCGUAGAUAUGAAAAACCAAUCGCUAAAUGUCGUCCGGUUAUUAAUAGUCAUUAUACAAUUCCACCAAGAUUUAUGUCAUCAUCAUCAUCAUCAUUAUUGACCGUUUUAUUUCCAUAUCCAUUCUAUAUUAUCAUCAUCAUCAUCACUAUAUUCUGAUUCUCUCACUGCUCAAAUUCAAAUGAUGAAGAUGAUGGUGAUGCUUCAUUGUUUAUCAUUAGAAAGUGAAUGGUAAAAGAAUGAGAAAAAAUCGAACGCCAUUUUUUCAUUUUAUUUUGUAUGUACCAUUCAUAUAUUAGGGUUUACGGCGUUGUUGAAUAAAAUUAUCAUCAUCAUUUUGGAUUGAUAAUCAUCGUCAUCAUCAUCAUUAUAAUCAUGUCGAA